CCACUCUGAGGGUGGUGCCAGGGCCGCGGGCGGGGCAAUGAGGGAGAGCCAGGUGAGGCUGUUUGUCGACUGUCGCCCCGGGGCAGACUUUGUACCCGUGGGCGCGGUCUGUCAGUCGGGGCGAGCCAGACUUAACCCCAACAAAGGAGCCUCCCGCACCAGAUCACCGGCGCAGCCUGCGGGAGAGAGAGGGUGAAUAGGGAGCGGCAUUCCUGCGCAGGCACUCAGCGCUCACACCCCUCUCGCCGCACCUCAGGAGCAAACAGCGAGCGGCAGCGCAUCGACACACCGCGGCAGGCAGGCAGCUGCUAACGAAAUGGAGGUCAUUGGGAAUUAUCACAAACUGACCCACGGCGAUCAUUUGGAUUCCGGGAUCUUCGAGAGUGAGCGCAGCAGGAGAGUGGACCGAGGGGGCUUCUCCGACAAUGUCUUUACCGAGCAGGUGACCACAAAAGUGACAUCUCUGCCGCCACGAGCCGGCUACUCUUCCAGUUCCUCAUCCCGGAGAACUGGCCACUCAACGGGAUACGGGGCAGAUAUCAUCGGAUCGUCCAAUAGCUACCUCAUUGCAACUGGACGCGGCUCCAACGGCGGAUAUUCCAAGACUCGAUUCCCCAGCUCAUCAUUCUCUAUCUCGCCGGACACCACGCUGGAUCGGAAAACUGCUGUUGGCCGGAAUGGCGGAUACGAGGGGAGCUCCAGUGGGAAUUCUUCGCCUGAACUUUCCCGGAAAGAAAUCAGCAGCUCAAACACGAGAGGGAGGAGUCAGGGUCGAGAGAGCGCGAUCCGAGCCCGGCUGCAGAGCGCUUCACCCAAUGGACGCUGGACAGAGCUGGAGGACGUGAAGCGGUUGCUGAAGGGGAGCCGCUCCGCCAGCACCAGCCCUCCGCGCUCGGCUCCCAACACCCUGCCCUACCCCAAGAAGGCCGUGGUGGAGACGAAGAUCGUGACUGCAAACUCCCAGUCAGUGUCAGGCCGAUACGACACCGCUCUCGUGGACUCUGCCCUGCCCACCUAUAACUGGACAUCCACAGUGCCGCCAGGCAGCUGCAGCGUGGGACUGCGGGAGUAUCGCAACAACUUGUCCAACACGGGCAUGCAGAUGUACGGCACAACUGGAUCCACAUCUGUGACUGCUCACAACGUCCACAAGAACAAAGCAGCGAGCCCGUCGGCAGCAAGCGUGGGGAUGACCACCGCAACCGUGCAAGGGCUGCCGAACAACCUUGUGACCAACUCCAACCCGCUCGCUGGAAUGGCACAGACAAUGGGCACACACACCCAGGUUCUGGGCGUACAGAAGAACCAGGUGUCAAACUCGACCAUGGUCACCAGCGGCAACAGCUCCACAGCAGUGGCCCUGGGCACAGACGGGAUGCUGGACAAGGAUUACCGCUUUGUGCUGCUGGACAAGGAGAAGGCUCCGUCCACCCGUGAGGCCCAGCUCCUCAUCAUGGCCAAGGACAGCGGCAAGCUCUUCACCACCGUGCCCGGCGGCUUCUCCGCUUCGGAGGUGGACGAAAGUCUGAAGAAGGAACAGCUGUUGUCCACUAGGUCGGGGGCCGACAUCACAGCCCAGUCACGCGGACAUUUGACGAUGGCGACAAACGACAAGACCGCGUACGCUGAGAUCGGUCGGGACAAGGCGUGGGCUGGGGGCGGGAGUGACGAUGAAGGGGGGCACUGUCUGCCCUCCUGGUGCUCCUGCUGCCGCUGCUCGUGGUGGAAGUGGCUGCUGGCUCUGCUGCUGGCCAGCCUGUUGCUGCUCGGACUGCUCUUCGGUCUCAUCGCUGUGGCUGACCAGGUGAGGAAGCUGAGCGAACGGGUCAAUGCGCUGGAGGGCACCCCCUCCUUCGCCAAGCGGCAGGGGAGGGUCGGCCUGCUUUCGGAGGAGUCUGGCUCUCGCCUCGGUGAAACCGCCUCCUCCACAACCGACAUCGAACGCAACCUCUGGGACAAGAUCACCGCCAAACUACAGACCCAGGAAUACCGAGAUUCGGUGAGAGGCGAACAAGGUGAGUGUGUGUUGGAGUGCUAGCGCGGGACCGAUGGGCCGAAGGGCAGCUUGCUGGGCCAUGACAGUCUGAGGUUCCACGGCCGUGCUUGAUUAGCCUUGACACCAAGUAUCAAACCCUCUCCCCCCCCCUCCCCACACCCACUCCCCCCC